AUAUCAUAUAAUGGGAAAGACUUACUCUACCCUCAAGUGGAAGUUCAGAGGGGAGAAGGCAUACAACGAAUAUGCUUUACAUCAAGAAACUGAACGAAAUUAUGUAGACACUCUAGAUAGAGUAUUCAAACAAUACUACUAUACUAUUCAUGGACCGAAGUCAUCUAACUGUAUUUCAAUGUCUCUCGAUUACUCCCAAGAGAGGCAAGCGUUGUCAAAGAUAGUAAAGUUAGCCCCACAAGUAGAGAAACUGGAGUAUAUUGUCUGCCAACACAUUCAGAAAAAUGACAAGAAGUUUAACAAGCUCUUAGGAAAGCUAAGAGUGAAUCAGCUCACAAGACUCUACUUGGGUGCAAGUUAUUGAGAUUCAAUAUCAUUCAGCUUUUAUGCCAGAAAUAUCGCUAGACUUCUUCCUUUAGCUUCUGGGAUGAUUGAAAUCGAGUAUUUUAGGAUACCCCAUAAAGACUUUGGUAGAGUCCUUAUGGCUUGUGGGAGCUCUCCAGAAGUGCGAUUUUCAGGAUGUAGAAUCAUUAUCAACGGUUUUGACUAUCUUGAUAAUGCUCAUCCUUCAAUCAGACAUAUCUCUUUGAAUAAUAACACCAUCAUCCAGCCAGAAGAAGACAAUGAGUACUUGGAUGGACUCGUACAGAAGAUGGCACAGUCAAGUCUCAAGGGCUCUUUAAGAAAGGUCUGGAUUUGGACUCCCAAUCCAAUCCAUACCUACAACGACACCCUAAUAAAGAAGAAGUACACUAUAGGAAAUGCUCAUGUCAGCAUUUACUAA